AUGGAGGAGGAAGAGGUGGAAGAGGUAGUGGAGGAGGAGGAGGAGGAGGAGGAGGAGGAGGAGGAGGGGAAGGAAGAAGAUGCAAAGCCCAAGUCAAAGCCGGGUUUUGUGCCCUGCUUGGCAGCUCCCAAAAUCCCAGAGGGAGAAAGAGUGGACUUUGACGAUAUUCACCGAAAGCGAAUGGAAAAGGACCUGUUGGAGCUCCACAGUCUGAUUGAAGCUCACUUUGAGAAGCGUAAGAAGGAGGAAGAAGAACUCAUCAGCCUCACUCAGCGCAUUGAGAAACGCAGGUCGGAGAGAGCAGAGCAGAUGAAGUUCAGGGCAGAGAGAGAAAGAGAGCGUCUGCUCAAAGCAGCUGAGGAGAAAGCCAGAAAAGAGGAAGAAGAGGCAAAGAAGAAAGCAGAGGACGAUGCCAGGAAGAAGUUGAUUCUGUCCAACUUGAGGCGUCAGCACACAUGCCUUCUCUCCGAUGUGCAGACACAGACCGGGCCCAAGAGACAAACGGAACGAGAAAAGAAGAAGAAGAUCCUCAGUGAUCGACGCAAAGAGCUAAAUGUUGAUCACAUGAGAGAGGACUCACUCAGGGAAAAAGCAAAGGAGCUGUGGGACUGGAUACGCCAGCUGGAGGCAGAGAAAUAUGAACUUCAGUACAAGCACUCGAAGCAGAAGUAUGAGGUCACCGUGCUGAGGAACCGGGUCAGUGAUCAUCAAAAAAUCUCAAAGGGCGGCAGAAGCAAGCGUGGCCUGAGGAAGUAACGUCUGACAUCAGCACUGCCGACAUCUGACUUCCACGAAUUUUACUGAGCAGGGCAAACCGCAUAUUAAUGUUUUCGAAGACUUGAACGUGCAAGGACAAAUUACUAUUCCGAGUAUAUCCUGAGAUGCUCGUUAAAGCAUUUCCUGGGAAGUGGCGUGCCUUCGAGUGUAGUCGACGACUGAUCAGACUGAUCGGGCAGGGGUGGGUCCCAGCAUGUGUUUAAUUAACAGGGAUCUGAAAGGAAGAGUGUCUCCCAUUGUUAUGACUUUAAUGACUAUGACUUAUAAAGUCUAAAUCUGAUCAUUAAAAAGUGAGGUUGAAACUAA